UCAAAAAAUGUUCGCUCCUCUCGCUUCUCGUCAAGUUGCUAUUAUUGCUCGUUCUUCGAAUUUGCGUCCAAUUUUCUUUCCUGUUCAAGCAAUGCUUCAACCUAGCCAGGCAAUGAUGUUUAGCACGACUGCUGUUCGAAAGGAUAUUGACAGUGCUGCUAAAUAUAUUGGAGCAGGGGCUGCUACUGCUGGUGUUGCUGGUUCUGGGGCCGGAAUUGGAAAUGUUUUUGGAUCGCUGUUGAUUGGAUUUGCUCGCAAUCCUUCGCUUAAACAGCAACUCUUCUCUUAUGCAAUUCUUGGAUUUGCUCUGUCCGAGGCUAUGGGACUUUUUUGUUUGACUAUGGGCUUUUUGAUUCUCUUUGCCCUCUGAAGAAGUUUUAAAAGAAAAAGUAUAGGUUGAAAGUUUGAUUUUUUUGUUGUAAAACAAUUUAAAGGUUUUUGUUAAAUGGAAAAUGAAAUUUAGUUUUUGUGUUG